GAUAUAGAAGGUGGUGGUUAAGUAGUCGGUCGCCAUUUUUGUCGAUCCUGAGCUUUCCAUUCGUCGUCCGACCCGUCCGACGCGCUUGCAAAGUUGCAACUGGUCUCGACAAUAACUUAUUCCAGCUUUGGACAGGAAACGGUCAGCUUUUUUUCUUGAAGGAAAGACGCGUCUGCGAGGGAUCCGUGGAUUGCGAGCGGUGCUUAUUUUUCCCCCAAGGACGCGGCUUCACGCCACGUUAUACGAGAUCCUAACUUUUCCUUUAGGAUUCAAGAAAAUCUACAAGGAUGAGUGUCAUAAUUCGACUGCAGAACCUACCCUGGUCUGCAAAUGCUGCAGACAUCCGCACCUACUUCAGUGGAUUGUCUAUUCCAGAAGGAGGUGUUCAUAUUAUAGGUGGUGAACAAGGAGAUGCAUUUAUCGCUUUCAGUACUGAUGAAGAUGCCCGCCAAGCUAUGCUUAAGGAUAAUGGCAAACUGAAGGAGGUGAAAAUCAAAUUAUUUCUCAGUUCAAGAACUGAAAUGCUGAGAGUAAUUGAACAGGCACGUCAACAGGCUAUGAAGAUACACAGCUUGAUGCACAUUCCGAAUCAGCCAACCAACAUUCCUUCAGUAAUGUCAAAGACAAUAGCUGCACCAGAGGAAACUCCUGAGAAUGUGAAGGAAGAUUUGAAUAAGGCGAAAGAUGAUGACAAUAGACGAGACAAAAGGGAUAGAUCGACGAGUAGAGGGAGGUCUAGAGGAAGGGGAAGUGACUCAGACCGCUCUCACGAGAAAUCGAGGAGUCGCAGUUAUAGAGAUAGGGAGCGUGAUAGGCGUAGGAGGGAUAGAAGUCGUUCAAGGAGCAGAACGCGCAGUAGAGACAGGUACAGGAGUCGAAGAAGCAGAUCCCGUGACAGGAAGCGAAAUUCUAGGGAUAGUGAUUCAAAAGACGCACCUCGGAAUAAUAGAAACCGAGAUAAUAGAAACCUUGAUAGGCAAGACAAUAAAGAAGGCCAUGGUAAUGGAAAUAUGCAAGAUUGGAAUCAGUCUCAAUUUCAACCUAAAUUGCCGGAUCCUCCUGCAAUCCCACCAAAACUAUUGCAAAUGCAUCAGAACGGAAAAGAGCUCUCACCUACCAAUGCUUCGAUGCCAUUUAUGGAUUUAGAGAAACGAGGUGGGUUCCCUUUUCCAAAUCAAAUGGCACCGUUGAUUCCUCCAUUCCCGCCAAUGCAACAAAUGAGACCGAGAGAGGGUGGUUGGCCUGCGAUGCCUAUUCCACCAAUGAUCGAUCCUUCACAACUGGCCAUGCAAAGGCCACCAAUGAUGAACAAUAUGAACACGGUGAUGUUUCCAACACCAAACAUGAUGUCAGAAGCACCACCAUUUGAUUCGUCAUGGAGGAUGAACCAAAUGCCUCCUAUUGAAACUCAAGUCGAACCGGUCAUAGAGAAUUCCGACCUUUGUGUUGAAAUUCGAGGAUUACCUUUAAAUGCAUCUUAUAUCGAUGUGAAAAAAUUAUUUGAUGGUUUAAUAAUUCCUUCUGAUGGCAUAAAGAUGAUUAACGAUACUCAUGGUUAUAGAACUGGGAUAGCCUAUGUCAAAUUUUCCAAUGCAAAUCACAAAAAAUCUGCUUUAAAUCAAAAUGGAAAAAAGGUUCGAAGCAAUAUUGUCGAAGUUCUUCACCUAAGGGAUACAAUAUAUAAAACUGCAGUUGAUAAUUUUAAACCUGAUAAAGAUGUUAUUUUAAAUUCUGUAGACAUGGAUAUUGAUAACAGCGAUGUAAAUGAAGAAAAGUGGCCGCCGACCGGUAACAAACAUGUUUCUGCAGAACAUGAUACAUCUAAACAUUUGUUACCCAAACAUGAGAUGUCUAGGAAGGAAGAUCUAUUAAGAACAAACUGGAUAAUACUUAAAGGAUUGCCUAUGGGCACUAAUGAGAGAGAUGUCUUUGAAUAUUUUAGGGAUAAAAAUCUUUCACUGAUUCAGGUAUUUUUCGUGCACAAUAAUGUAGGAUUGAGUAUCCCAGAUGCAUAUUGCUGCUUUCUUUCUAAUGAAGAUGCUGAUAAAGCUGCUUCUAUAAACAACCCAGUUAUGGGCAGGACCCAAUUUUCAAUACUAAAAACAUCCCGUGAAGAUGCCGAGCGGGCUACAAUGACUUCUUUCCCUCAAGAACCUUGGAAUCAAGGUUGUAGACAGGUUGGUGGUAACAACUCCGUACCACAAUCAUUCCCACCACGUGUAGCUGUAUGUCCUGAAAACAUCAACCCACACCAAAAUAUAAAAGCUUGGAGACAGCCUAAUGAAGAUAGGUUUAAGAAAAACGACAACUUUAUGGAGGGUAGGUUUAAAGACCCAAGGAAUGACUCAUUUUCCGGGCGAGGGGGCUCGACGAAUUUCAGAGGUGGAGGAAGAAUGAACAGGUUCGGAAAUGGGCCGAUGGGCAACAACGGACCUCCCAUGAACGGUCCUAUGAAGGGGAGGAUGAAUCAAAGGAAUCGCGGUCCUUCACCCCCUGCUUAUAUCGAUGGAGAUAUGUUGGAAAAUUUUGGACAGAGAGGUUGUGUCGUAUCACUUGAAAAUAUUCACUUCAAAGCAGAUAUUGAAGAAAUUAUGGACUUCUUCAAGGAGUACAAUAUUGAACACGAUGAUGUUAUUAGACGGUUUGAUGAUAAAGGAAGGCCUACAGGUGAUGCAAGAGUUGCCUUGCAAUCUCCUGCAGAAGCUAUGAGGGCUGUCAGAGAAUUGAAUUUCAGACAGUUGAGAGGCAGAACUGUAAAAGUUAGUUUAUUAGACGUACACUAAUUAAUUCCAUGAUGUAAAUAAAUUAAUAAUUUUUACAAUUCCCACAUUUUUUCUAAAAUUCAUGUUUUAUCGAUGAAUUGCAAAGUUAUUUGAACACUGCUUUAUAAAUUAACAGUUUUUUUAUUCAGGGGACAAAAGUGUAUUUACUUUUUUGGGUAUAUUAGUUUCAAUUGUUCCUACAAUGUAUAAAAGUGUAAAUAAUUAUUUUAUAUAAUGUUGGGAACUGUUUUGCUUUGAAGAAUAAUUAUAUAUUUUUUUCAUUACAUGUAGCUUUUGUAAAUAAAACCUAAAGUUAAUUUUUC